CCCAGACAGUACAUGUCGACCUAACCUAUCGGAGAGUAUCAAUACCUGGGGGCAGUUGAAUAGAAUCUUCUCCCCCACCUAAAGUUUGUUCUUUGCUAACUCCAGGUUCAAGGUUAUCUUCAUGCGUCAUUGUACCUGCGAUUGGAAGUUAGGCCUCAUGAAUCCAGGCAAAAAGGCUCCGAAAUUUGGGUUUUCUUCUAGCUCAUCCAUGUUGUCUAUCUAAUCAGUUAAAAAUAAAGAAAGAAGUCCAGAGCAGAGCAGAACAGAACAGAACAUCGCUUCACUUCACAUCAUACCCAUUACACUCAAAUACAAUUGAUGUAGAGUACGAUUUUCACGAACAGACAGACCUAUAACGAAUGACCUUGCACGCAUAACGCCUACCGAGUGUACGACGCAAUAUUUGCCGCGAAUGGUAUGAUUGCAUCGACUUUCCAUCUAAUUUUCUGUCCACGAAGGACGAAUAAUGCGCCUCUACCUACUUCCCAUUUCGACGCGUCGGACCCUAAUUUACUGCCAGCGUCUUAAUGUUACAACUACAAAUAAGGUUUCCUUACUAGAUAAGACAACUACAAAGGCGAACAACCUCUGGAAUAGUUGGGAGAAGAAAGAUUCGGGAUGGCAGAAAAAGGUAGUUGAGUUUGGUAACAAGGCUCUGAAGAGGAUACCAUAUGAGGAAUGGGGGUUGAAGUCGGUACCUCCCCUGUCUAAACGAAGACAAGAGGAAGGGCUGAGUGAUAAAGAGAAGGUCGAGGUCUCAUUUCCCUCGACUUUUCUUCCACGAGAGAGAGUUUUGGAAAUUUUGGAAAUUCUUGGCACAGAAAGAAAACAACUUCACAAGACGAGAUUGUGGGGUUCAAUCAUUGGGAUGCCUAUAGUUGCUCCCCUUGCGCUUGUGCCUAUGUAAGUGCAGCUGCAGCCUCCCCAAUAUUUUUCAAACGCUAAUACCAGCCAGUAUCCCGAAUUUACCCUUCUUUUAUCUAUGCUUUCGUGCAUACAGUCAUUGGAAGGCACUGGCAGGAUCUAAACAUAUUGAAUUUCUUCUAAAGCAGAAUCUUAUUGCAGCGAAGCCAUCUAAGAUAUUAGACGAGUUAUAUCUGAGGAACAAGGUCCCGUUUCCUGAUCCGAGAGAUACGACCCCUACAAAGUCAUCCAGGUCGAACGUGUCGAAUGUUGAGACUAUGCUACUUCAUGCUUCUGACGGAAAGGAAAUUGCAAAGGCAUUAGAUAUACCUGAAUUACAAAUGGAACUUGAUCGAGCUGUAUGGCAGGUAGAAAAUGAUCUUGAAGCUAAAAGAAAGCUGGGGGAGGAAAAAGAACAAAUGGGUCGGACCGAGGAGGAGAGCAAGAAAAAGUAGACAAGCUAUUGUACAUCUGUAUCACCGCUGAUGUAACAUGUCAGUAUAAGGAAGGCAGUCUAGAUUAUAAUGAGGCUAUGCCAUGCCACGAGAAAUGACGCAUUGUAAUCAUAUAGCGAGCGUAUCACGCGCCCCAACGAUA